ACUUACUCUUAAUAAAUACACCCUUUAAUUUCUCUAUAGCACACUCUUCUUUCUUGUCUCACCAACCCCAUUGUGCUAUCUCAUCUUCCUCUUCAAUAGCCUUCACCACACUUCAUUCCAUUAACACCCAAAACACAUUCUCUCUCUCUCUCUCUCAAACCUCAGCUUCUUCACUCUCUCUGUACUAUGUUGUACAACAUGCAAAUCCUAGUUUAAUUAUGGGGGAAAUGUUUAUUCUGAUUGAGAAUGCUCCAAUUGAAGCUGAAGUAGAAUGCUUUGCCUUUGCCUUUGCCUUUGCCUAGCUCCUCCUGACCAUUGUGCUUCCCUUCACUAAGGGCUGUGGAGCAGUGGGAUUGUCUGCUAAAUCAUAUACUAAAGUUUGGUGUUAUUUUUAUUUAUUUAUAUAUUUCCAUUCCAAAAGAAAGAGACAGAAAGAUUUGAAUAGAACUAAAGAUUUAUGAUGAUGAUGAGAAGAAGGCUCGCUUGCUGCACUCGUGACAGAGAUAUAAGCCUCGACUUUGACGAGCAAGAAAGAAUAAUGACAUAUAAUGGCCUUGAGAGUUGCAUUAUCAACAAUCAAUCUUAUGAAAAUGAAAGCAGAACAAGCAGAGGGGAUGGAUGUCCAACUGACUCUUUGGACGAUGAUGACUCAAGCUGUUCUUCUAGCAAAGAUGCUUUUGGAUCAUUUUCUUCAAAAUGGUUGACAAUGAAGAGGGAUGAACAUGGUUUGGAUGAAUGGGAGCUCUCAGAAAGCCCCCAACAUUUUUAUGUCAAAGACAAACCUACUUAUCCCCUUCAAUUUUCAGAUGUGGAGGUAAUGAAAGAAAAAUUUGCAAAGCUGUUAUUGGGUGAAGAUAUUACUGGAGGAUGCAAGGGCCUUGGCACUGCUUUAGCAUUGUCUAAUGCCAUCACAAACCUAGCAGCGACAGUUUUUGGAGAGUUGUGGAAGUUGGAACCGCUUACUGAAGAAAGGAAAAGCAAAUGGCGAAGAGAAAUGGACUGGUUACUUUCCCCCACCAACUAUAUGGUUGAGUUGGUUCCUGCUAAGCAAAAUGGUGCCAAUGGCCGGACCUUGGAGAUAAUGACACCAAAAGCCCGUGCUGACAUCCACAUGAAUCUUCCAGCCCUUCAAAAGUUGGACUCUAUGCUUAUUGAGAUGCUGGAUUCAAUGGUGAAUACUGAGUUUUGGUAUGCAGAAGGAGGUAGCCGAGCAGAAGGAAGGAACAACAGUGCACGUCAAAGCAAGAGAUGGUGGCUUCCCUCACCUCAAGUACCAACAAAAGGUCUCUCUGACAGUGAAAGGAAGAAGCUGCUUCAUCAGGGUAGAGUGGUACAUCAAGUAUUCAAGGCUGCUAAAUCCAUCAAUGAAAAUAUUCUGCUUGAAAUGCCUGUGCCAAGCGUUAUCAAGGACGCUCUUCCCAAGUCUGGGAAAGCAAGCCUUGGUGAGGAACUCUGCAAAGUCUUGUCUGCAGAAUCAAGCUCAGCUGAGGAGAUGCUCAAUUCCCUCAAUUUGAAAUCUGAACACAGUGCUCUUGAGUCCAUUAACAAGUUGGAAGCUGCUGUAUUUGCAUGGAAAGAGAAAAUUACAGAACAAGCUAGUGGCAAAUCUCCAGUUCGAACAUCAUGGUCCUUCAUAAAGGAUUCAAUGUCUGAGAUGGACAAGAUGGAGUUGUUGUUGGACAGAGCAGAAGCCCUUCUACAUCAGCUUAAGACCAGAUAUCCAAACCUUCCUCAUACAUUUCUUGAUGUUACAAAAAUUCAAUAUGGCAAGGAUAUUGGGCAUUCAAUUCUGGAAGCGUAUUCCCGUGUUCUUGGAAACUUGGCCUAUAGAAUACUAUGUAGGAUGCAAGAUAUUUUGCAGGAAGAUGCUUUGAGCAAUCCAAAUUCACCUGUGGAUACGCAUUAUUUCCCCAGUAUAAAUCUCUGUGAAACUUCAGCUGUUGGUCUACAUGUAAAGCUCUCACUGACUGAUGAGAUGAACAAGUUAUCUGUACAUUGCCACUCCAAUUCAAGUGGUACUUCUGAUUUGGAAUUUUCAUAUAGUGAUGCCAAAACAAGUUCUGUGGCUGCAACACCUAGUCGGAGUAGCGUCUGGUGCAUCAGCAGAGAGGCUUGUAUGAGUGUCUCCCCAAAAAAUUCUCCUUGAUAAAAAAAGUACGGUUUUCAAUAUCUCUUUCUGUAAAUGAGAUUACUAUAAGUUUGAUGAGAUGAAAUUUUCUUUGGCCCCCAAAGAAUGUAUUGCCAGGAAUAUUUAGCAAAGUAUAUAUAUUGUGUAUGGUUAUGACUAACCAGGAACCACAAUUCUUCGAUUGAGCAA